AACGCCGUUUCAAUCUCAAGGACGUUGUCAAUCAUUUUACGACAGUUUGACUUUCGGGUGACCACCAACUUUCAUCAGUGGACGAUAUCCCUGAAACGUGGCCUUAUCAAUAUUCCAGUUCAUUGAUUUUUAAGACCGCUGUAAUUGCUGGGAUUAGGUUAAAUACGUUUUUGUUAACUGUAUUUAAUGUUGGUUAAGCAAAGCUAAAAAUUUCAAUAUCAAACUUAUUCUAAACAAAAAUGCUGUUGAUUUAAAAUAUGAUAAAAAUAUAAUUGAAUUUUCAAAUCUACAUCUGAGACCACUUGAGCAGAGUGUCUAGGAUUGGAAAAUUGGACAUCACUGCAGACUUAAGUCCCAAUUGGGACUGUCCUCUCAACAAGAUGUUUUGAAUUGAGCAGAUUAGAUGAGAAAUUACAUAAGACAACCGGGAGUGUUAAUUUUAGGGUGAUGCAAACCUUUUCCGCAGUCUCUUUCUCAAUAAAGUGAUGGGAACGUUUUGUUAUGAAUAGGACUCCUAGUCCUUAUCUCUUGCAUUUAUUAUUAACCCAACAAUGAGGUCUAUAUUACUACUCAUUAGCUCUCAAAUAUCGUCCAUUAAUUAUGGUUUCAUCCAAGUUUCUGCUAAGUGAAGACGCACUAAUCGAUGAAAACCGUAAAGGUAUUGUAGUGUUUUAUCAGAAUAUUUUAGUUCAACGUAGUCAAUUCGAUUCAUGAGUUAAUUUUCUACGAAUAUGGAAACCAGCUCACGGGUUGUAAAGCUCAACUACAAUCCAAUUACAUCAAACCCUGAUCAUUUUACGGAGAUAAAUUGGUUGUGAAUAGAAUUUCUUCCUUUCUUGUUACAUAUCAUUCACAUUUCAGUUACUGAAACGGUUGGGUGGUCUGCUUCCGCCAACAGAUUAUUCAGGAAAGUCAUGUUUCCUAUCUGUGCGUUUCGUACAAUGAAUAUUUCUCCUAGCAUUCAUGAUCGGCGCCAUCCAGUCACUUUGUCUGUGUGCUUCUGACUAGGCGGAUACCUAAAUAACUUCAUCUCUAGGAGACUGACUGAGACAGUUUGAUCGACUGCCCAGUAAUCUUCGACACUUGACCAGCUAUAAUCAGAGAAUAACGAGAAGGAACAUUCACCAGUACUGUGGUUUUCCGUAUCUUGAUCCUUCUCUUCAGUUUAUCUGAAAUAAGAGCUAGGUUUUGUUAGUUUGAUAUUUUUGCAAAUAUUAAAAAACCGUAACAGUAAUUUGGGGAAAAAUCUGAUUCACAGAGUUCCAUAAAUGAAACGCUAAAAGAUGAUAUUACUCACUGUACGCGAUACUGUAUUUCCUAACAGCAUAUGUCUAUCAAGAUUGAGUUUGAAAAUGUCUUGCUAAAUAUAUUUUGUUUGAAAGCUGGUUGGUGUGGUGAUUUGAGUUUUUAGUAAGUGAGGAAAUUGGCUGUGCGAUGAAUACAUCUAGAAUUCUAAGGCCUAUAUUGCAACACAAUUUUAGUUUUGAUUCCCAUAUCAGGUGAACUUCUUUUAUCUCAUGGAAGUGCCUAUCAAACUCAAACUCUCCUCACAUCGCCGAAAUCAAGCUGAUUGGCAUUUAAAGCAAAACGGUUGUAGUUCAGCGUGUAGAAAAGCUAUUAUUAGUAUAAUAUUUUGAGUAAUAACUUUUAUAUUACAUAAUUUUCCUAACACAGCUCUUAAAUUUUAGGUGUGUCGUGUUCAUGUGGGUCAACCAGGGCUUAAGUGUUCCCAGAAAAUUCGGUCGAAGUAAUGGUUACUAUUGGUUCAUCGUUCUCAAAUGUAGCAGAUACCUUAUUUCCCGGAAUUUAUGUAGCUCUACAGAUGGUGUUGAAAUGGCUCGUAUGCAACAGCGCUAUGCUCUGUUGAACAAGAAAUGCGAAGAACACAUAACCACAUUGGAUCAAGUUAAUCCUCGGGAUGUAUUUGUAAAUAAUGAAGUAAAAUUGAACAAAAUUCAAGUGUAUGGGUUUGAUUAUGAUUACACAUUGGCUCAUUAUACAUCUGACUUGGACGAAUAUAUUUUCAAUGAAUCUCGUAACUGGCUUGUUGAACAAAUGAAGUAUCCUGAAGAAAUUCUGAACUAUGAUUAUACUGAAUUCGCUAGACGUGGUUUGCAUUUUGAUGUAAAACGAGGCUUAUUAAUGAAAGUGGAUGCAUUUCAUCAUAUUCAGCUGGAUACUGUUUAUCGUGGAUUUAAACUACUAUCAUUGGAUGAGAUAUUAAGAGUUUAUCGUGGAAGCCAUUUAUCUAGUGAUAUUUUAAAACAAAAAUUUACACCUAAUGACACGAUUAUGAUUCAGUUGAUGGAUUUUUUCAGAUUGCCGGAAAUUAAUCUUCUAUGUUCUAUUAUAGAUUUUUUCGAUCGACAUGGAAUAGAUUAUAAGCCUGUUUAUGUUUAUCAGGAUGUUUCUACAGCUGUAGCAAGAGUUCAUAAAUCUGGUCUUCUAGGUCAAACCGUAAUGUCAGAUCCAGAAAGGUAUAUUGCGAAGGCGCCUCAAUUAUCCACAUUUUUACAUCGCUUAGUAGAAAAUAAUAAGAAAUUAUUUGUUAUUUCAAACAGUUCAGCUGCUUACAUAGACAAGGGUUUAAAAUUUUUGGUUGGAAACGACUGGCAAGAAUUGUUUGACGUGAUUAUUUCUAGAGCCAAUAAGCCAUCGUUCUUUAAAUCACCACUGGGCUAAGACCUCUUAGUUGUAAUUACAAAUGUACGUUGGGUUCUUAUUUUGUUAAAUGUUUCAAUGUAGCCUGCAUUAUUGCUCCUAAUGAUUUGUUUAUGUGCUUUAUUUAGUGUCACUUUAAACUUUAUGUCAAGUAUACAUCAUGUAGUCAUUUACUUAUCCGUAUAACGUUUGCUAAGCUGAUGUUCUCUCAAAAUCCUCUAAUUUUGAAAACCUUAUUUCUAGUUAGUUGUCGCUGUUUUAGUGGACAAAAUUAUACUCCUUUUACUACUUAAGUAGUUAAAUUUGCUGUGAAAAAUUGUUUCAAUUAUUCUAUAUUUCCUGAUUAUUAUGUAAAUAAAUUUUGUAGAACAAACACAAAUUGCUUUCUCUGAUAAUAAAUUUCUCUGUAUUGAAACCCAGAGAUUCAAUCUAGUGUAAAUCGAUUGUUAAUAGGCUAAUCACCAUCAAGAUUCAUCAAUGGCAACUUGUCUUGCAUGAACAAUCGUGACUGUAAUUUAGGUUCGUCAUUAACAGUGAAACUAAUGUAAUUCACGGUUAAAUAUAUGUUAAUACAUUUGAUUUAUUGAUUAAAGACGAGAAAAUCGGUAAUAACUAUAUCAUAGGACCUACUGAUAUGUUGACCGUAUUGAAAGUUAGAUUAGAAAUACCACCCCUGUAAAUUGAUUAGAAAAGAUCUGAUUGAUACCACCUUGAAGUAUAUAUAUUUUUUCUCACAAUAAAACAAAUGACAAAGCUGUGAAAUGCAGAUGCCUUACCAGACCACUCAAUGUAAUCUUUUAGGCAGAAGGAUAAGUGAUCUUUUUUAACCAACUGAAACUACCCUCCCCUCAAGAUUAGAGCCCACAUAUUCAUCCCAAUAAUCAUGAUAAAAAUGUAGUAAUACCCAUCCGUUAUAAGUGUUUUCGUUCGACAAAUGCAACUUACUACACUCUUAAUCUUAUUCCUCUGUCAAGUUGGCUUAUCCAGAUGUUAGGAGGCGCCUUUAGGUAACCGGACCGGGCCACAGGUGAGAACGUAUUCUUGAAAUAGGGAUUUGCAGUCGGAUACUACAAAACAAACGAACUCUUUUGUGUUAAUCUUAAGAUAAGAACUUAUAAUUGUUCUUCCACAGUAAUUUGGAGUUGCAUAACUCAAAACUAUUUGAGAUUAUAGUGAAGAACUGUCUACUGCAUUUCCCUUAAACUCCUAAUCCGGUUAAAUGGAAUUAUCAGCUAAAUUCACGAUCAACAAUUUUUUUGAGUUUUGUUUUGAUCUCAAUAUAAUACAUUUGAAUCCUAGUUUAGAAGGUCUGAUAACGGACUGUCUGUGAAAUUUCCAAAAUGAGAUGAGGGUUGAUCAAUGCUUAUUCUCGUUCAGUGAUUAAAUACAAUAGAACGUGAAAAUUUCUACAGUUCUCGAUCAAAAUUUCUAAAAGUUUCAAGCGAACUGUAAAACAAAAGAUCGGAGGACAAACUUAUGAUGAAAAUCCGUGCAUUUCUUUGGAAAAAAGUCAGUCUGUUGUAUAGAAUAAAAGAAACCCAGUUAGAUAGAACAAUAAGACUUAUCUGGUAGUAAUAAUAAUAACAAUACUUACAAUUCAAGCUCAUUAUAACUCAUUCGCUUUUGUCUCUGGCUUAGCAUAUAGUUUAGACAUAAGUGGUAUGUAAUUUCAACUAUUUAUUUUUCUCGAUCGAUUAAAUAAUUGAACAAUUCAAGUCAAAAAUAUCGGUAAAACUUUUCACUUUCUAAUUUCAAUACUUUUCAAAUAAAGCGUGUUUUCUUUGUUAUUUUUAUACAAACUGAAAUUAAUUGAUCGUGAUUAAUAUAAACAAACAUGAUUUACUGAAUAACAGCAAUUCAUUCUAUUUAAAGGCCUCUCAUUAACUGAGAACGGUGUAAGUAUGCUUUAGUGAUAUUAUUAUUUAACAUUAACAUGCUGUAAUCAAUACAAUUUGAAAUGUUCACAUUAAAAUUGUAAUCAUUCCGACAAUAGUGUAUUUGUAAUUAUGAAUGAACUAAUUCUUCAGGAUUGGUAAUGUGUAAGAUGAUAAUUUCUUUCAACUGAGAAUACAUAAAUAUAUAUAUAUUAACCACAUAUAAAUAUCUAUAAUUGAAAACAUACACCGGUUAACUUUGAAAGGAAAAUUCCCUCUGUAAUCAUCAUCUAACUUUAGACCCUAUCGUAUCUGUGAAGUGAUACCUGGUUAUUUGUCAUAGUAUUCCUCAUAUUAAUGUGCAUUAUUUUUGGGAAACAAAUUCUAUUGAUUGAUACAUGAACACAUAUCGCUUAGCUUUUUCAUUUCGUAAUUCAACAUCUUAUAAAUAUUAUGUCAUAACUUCAAUUCCAUAACUUUUAGGUUAUUUUUCAACAUUUUGUAGGCAAUUUCGACGUACUGAUAUCAGUGGGACUUUCAAAGAUUGGGAAGCAGUUCAAACAUUUAAACGAGGUCAAAUAUAUGAAGGAGGUUGUUUAGAAGAGAUGAUAAAACUUACAGGUUGGUCUUCAGCUAGUAUAUUAUAUUUCGGAGAUCAUGUCUAUGCUGAUCUUGCAGUAAGAUUUGUUGAAAUUAGUCGAGUUAAUUUAAU